AAGCAGCAGCAGCGGGCGAAGAAAGAGAGGAAGAGGAGGUGUAGGACGAGUCGAGGAAGUUGGAGAGUGGAGUAGCAGCGAAGCGAAGGGAGGGAGUAGGCAAGGUAUAAGAGGGAUCGAGGGCUUGAGUGUCGAAGCCAAGAGAGGGAAUACGAAGCGACGAGGCUUAAACUGCAGUGUCGGUAAUGCUGAUCCAAGGAGAUUACUGGUAGUAUGCCAAGACUCCUGAAUACACGUCUCUAUGCUCCGGCUAUAGCUGUAGCUUACACACGGCUGGCCUUUCCUACUCUCUUUGUUACUCACUUAUUCGCGUUUCUUUCUAUCUUUCUCUCUCUCUAUCUCUCUCUCUCUCUCUUAUACUCUUCCGCGAAUCCGGAAGCGAGCGAUCCGCUUAACGAGUUUGCUCCGGUUACCUAAUAAACCGUUUUCGGCCAAGACGUUGCGACAAGAGUUGCCUGAUCGAGGACGUGUAGCAAGGUUUGUGUGAUCGAUAAGUUUUUACGAAAACUCGUCUGGCCAAUCACGUCCGUUACUACUCGCACAACGCGGCGGACCCAUAAACCGCCAUACAGCUAUAUAGUCGGAUUAUCUCUGCUCAUCGACAGCCCCCGAGCAUACUUACUCGAUUUAAAGAGCCAACUUUCAAUUAAGUAUGCGAUUGCGCACCGGUUCGAUCCUCUCGAUUCAGCGCCACCGCGAGUGAAUUUUACCAUUGUCUUCAUGGGAUCGCGAUUUCACUAUCAAUCCGAGCAAGGGUAUAUACGCGUGUAAUAGCAUGACUCUGCCUUAAUCGUAAAACUUUACGAAGAGUCGUAGUAUAGCUCUCGCUGUCUUUUUAUCGCGCGUCGACUCUCUCUCUCUCUCUGCGCGGCAAAUAAGAUCGACUCGCUGAUAUAUAAAAAUGUGUGUAUACACAUUGUGACGUCGUUACCUGCGUUUUCUUCGUAGUACACGCCGCCGUUGUUGCUUUGUGCGCCUAUAAACGUUGUUGCUCUUCGCCUCCCGUUCUCUCGUGCGAUGUCACUUUCAGGGUUUCUCCGCGACACGCGAUGUGCACAUCUUACAUAAUGCAGUCGUUGAAAAGUUAACGUAUAUAACACACACACAUACACACACACGCACACGCACCAUAAGUCGGUUUACAGUUACAAAUCGAACGAGAUACGCAAAAAGUCUCCGUAAUUCGACCGCGCAGCAUGACUGAUGGCUCGAAUCGCAGUCACACGCGUCCUCGCAACGAAUAGGGAACAGACAUGGUUCUGCUAUAUACAUAUAAAUACUUAUAUACAGUAGAAAAUAGCAUAAGAAUAGGUUACGCAUCAAUUUUUUGCUGAUUUAAUACCUCUAGGCCCUAAUAUGAUUAAUUGAAAAUUCUUAUGUUUGAGUAGUUUUUAAAACGGCAGCUCUCCAAUAUGACGGCUCAAAGAAUAAAGACCUAACCUAACAUGCGGGCAUUUGAGUACAUACAUUCGGUCAUCAUGAAUCUAUUUUGAUUUUGAAGCAUUAUCUCUCAAUGGAUUUUGUGCCAAAGUGUGCCAAUGUGUGACAAAGUGUGCCAAAGUGUGCCAAAGUGUGCCAAUGGGUUCAAUUUCGGAAAAAAAGAAACACUUUGGCACACUUUGGCACACUUUGGCACACUUUGGCACAUUUUAGCAUACUUUGGCACAGUUUAGCACACGUCCUAAAAAAUACCUAAAAAAUACCAAAUUAAUACAUUCAAUUUUUGUUUUGUGAAUCCUGUGGAACACCUCAGCACACUAUGGCACACUCUGGCACACUCUGGCACACUUUGGCACACCCAAUUAUUUCCACUAGGGCUAUUAUGAUUUUGGAGAAAACAAUAAGGUUAUUUUAUGUAUUAAAAUUUACAUGCGUUUAUACAUCCAUAUAUAUUUUCAUCCUUCGCGCCGCCAUAUUGAUCACGUGAGCUCUCAAUUUAUAAAACAAUAUUGCUUAAUAAAUAUUGCAGUAAAAAUCGUGACUCUUGUACUUUUGUGUAAGAUUUAUCCUUAAGUUUAUUUUAAAAGAGGUUUUAAAAAUCAUGCCUGUUCCCUAUUCUCGAAAAAACAAAAAUUGCGGCAGCCCUGCAUAGCUCUGAACGCACGCAUAGGCAUUCCGGCACGAACACGCAUCUCGCGAUCCUUGGAAUCCCCAGCCCCCUUUCUCUCUCUCUCUCUCUCUCUCGCUCGCUCUUCCCUUGCACAGCGGUGGAGUGUCGCCCUCUGGCGGCAGUCGGUUAGUCCACCGGCCGAGGGAGGAGGUUCUCGCGCCGUCAGUCGUGGGUGCAGUGCGUGCCAGUGCAGCGGUCUUUCUCCCGAGACGCUCCCGUCGACGAGUGCGUCUCGAUCCAUCUCGUGGUGCGCGCGCGAUUCUACACACGCGUAGGCUAUAUACCUAUGCGCACGUAACGUUGUAAGUAUAUCCCUCUGCAGUCGCACACCUGAUUCGCGCGGAGCAACGCGUACCUCGUCGUACACGCAACAAAGAGAGAUAGUGAAAAAUCGGUUCCUAGUACACACGGAGAACUGAACUGUUUGGCUGUUGGCUUUGAUGCUGAUGCGCCGGGACGAGUCUCGUUCGCCUACGCCGCUGCUGCUCAUCUCCGGGGAAGGAGGUACUGAUCGUCGAGCAUCAACCGCCAUGGCUUGGUUGAUAUAGUCCCGUGGUCACGCGGUCCGGUCUCGAGAUCUGCGCUCGCUGAGCAUCUUGCUCUCCAGGGGGCAGCAGGCGGCAGUGGGAGCAGCACUGGAGUUGGCUGCUGGGGCGUGGCGGCGCUCGUCGUCACAAGGACAGCCGCUGCUGCUGCUGCUGCAUCAGCAGCACCACGAGGAGGAGGAGGAUGCCCCCGACAAUCGGGGAAACGUUGCGAGUCUGGCUGCUCUCGGCGCUGGUGGUGCACGGCGCUGUGGCCGGCAACCCCGACGCCAAGCGGCUCUACGACGACCUGCUCUCCAACUACAACAAACUCGUCAGGCCCGUCGUCAACACGUCCGACGUUCUCCGGGUCUGCAUCAAGCUCAAGCUGUCGCAGCUCAUCGACGUCAAUCUGAAAAAUCAGAUCAUGACGACGAAUCUCUGGGUGGAGCAGUCCUGGUACGACUACAAGCUGCGCUGGGAGCCGAAGGAGUACGGUGGCGUGCACAUGCUGCACGUGCCCUCGGACCACAUAUGGCGGCCCGACAUAGUCCUCUACAAUAACGCGGACGGAAACUUCGAGGUGACCUUGGCCACGAAGGCCACCAUCUACCACCAGGGCUUGGUCGAGUGGAAGCCACCGGCGAUAUACAAGUCUUCCUGCGAAAUCGACGUCGAGUACUUCCCCUUCGACGAGCAGACCUGCGUACUCAAGUUCGGUUCUUGGACCUACGACGGCUUCAAGGUGGAUCUGAGACACAUGGACGAGAAAACCGGCAGCAACGUCGUCGACGUCGGCGUCGAUCUAUCCGAGUUCUACAUGUCCGUCGAGUGGGACAUACUGGAGGUUCCCGCGGUGAGGAACGAGAAGUUUUACACUUGUUGCGACGAGCCUUAUCUGGACAUCACGUUCAACAUAACGAUGCGCCGGAAAACACUUUUCUACACGGUCAACAUCAUCAUUCCAUGCAUGGGGAUAUCGUUCCUCACGGUGCUUACCUUCUAUCUUCCCAGCGAUAGCGGAGAGAAGGUGACGCUUUCCAUUUCGAUUCUCAUCAGUCUCCACGUGUUCUUCCUGCUGGUCGUCGAGAUAAUACCGCCGACUUCGUUGGUGGUGCCGCUCCUCGGCAAGUACCUCAUAUUCGCCAUGAUUCUCGUGUCGAUCAGCAUAUGCGUCACCGUGGUCGUACUGAACGUCCACUUCCGCUCGCCCCAGACGCACAAGAUGGCACCUUGGGUCAAGAGGGUCUUCAUACACAUCCUGCCGAGGCUGUUGGUCAUGCGGAGGCCCCAGUACAAGUUCGAACCUACGAGGUUCACGUCGACCAGAGCCCUCAUGCGAGGUAUGAGGGGCAGCAAGGACAAGUCCUUCUUCGACCCGUAUCACACCUCGUGCCACGACGUCAGCGACGUGCACCUCACGCCAUCCAAGAGGUUCCACAGUCGCGCCUCUUCCAAGGACGAUCUCUCUCCCUCCAGCCUGACGGACGGAGCCAGAUUCGGCGGCAGCUGUCUGAUACACGGCCCGAGUCUGCCGCGACUGCCGCUGCACGCCGACUGCGAGGACCUGCAGAUCGGAGCCGGAGUUGACGUGGCCACCGCAGCUGCCCUCGACGGGUCCAAGAGCCCCGUGCUUCGGCCCAGCUCGACCUUCUCGCACUCCAAGUGCCCGCCCGAGAUCCACAGGUCCUGCAUCUGCGUGCGCUUCAUCGCCGAGCACACGAAAAUGCUCGAGGACUCGACCAAGGUGAAGGAGGACUGGAAGUACGUGGCGAUGGUCCUCGACCGACUGUUCCUCUGGAUCUUCACGCUGGCGGUGCUGGUCGGAACAGCCGGUAUAAUCCUCCAGGCGCCGACCCUCUACGACGACCGAGUUCCUAUCGACAAGAAGUUCAGCGAGUACGCGACGACGACGGUCGUCAAGUGUCCGCCUCAAUAGUCCAUGCCUCCGCUCGAGUCCUACAAUCCAACGAGGGACUAGACGAGCGGAGAUCAAAUCCAUCAUCGCUAUCUCGAUUAUCCACUAUUAUUACAUCACGACGGUUAAUAUCGACAGUAUUUACACCAGAGCGAUACCCAAGCCGACUAUGUAGAGCCAAGUACCUGCACACAGCCCCGGGGUCCACUUUUUUCCCGCGUGAUACGACGCACAUUCACGGCGGAGACAUAAGUACGCGGGGGGAGCAUUGAUCGCUUUCGUGCGUUGCUUUGAGGUGGGCAGUCUUCUCGAUGUGGCUUCUUCCUUUAUACUUUCGAGACAUUGUUUGUUAUAUAGAGUUGAUCGUUUGGUGAUAUAUAGAACGUUGAUGAUUGUAUUCGUUAGCGAAUUGCCGUUAGCAAUGUAGCUUCUAUAAGUAUAACAUAUAGUCUGUGGCCAGAUGUACAUAUGAAUAUUGCAAAUGAAAUUUAAUCCGAAAUAAUAGGAGCGACGUUUUUCAAGUAUAUAUUGAAAGUUAAAAAAAGGAUAACGUAUUUAAACGUGUAAGAAUUGUAUUUAAAAGGGCGGUCAUCUCAAAGAAACGCACGAUGGACACGCGAGAGUGUAACUAUAUAGUGUAAUAAACACGCUAAGCCAGUUGAAAAUCUGUAUGAAAAACAAGCGAUUUGUUUGUUGCUCGAUGUUACAGGGGAUGCGCUACAGAGACUAUACGUUAUACAGAUUUUCAAUCGUUAUAAAAGUUUUAAAAAGGUGAACGUAUGUUGUAGAGAAAGCUUUUACGUUGCCCGCGAUUGUCGCCGCCCAUUCAUUUCGUUGAGCCACGUUUAUUUCUAUGAAUUUCGAAGAAUUCUGCGAGGAAACGAUUUUUCUGUUAUCAACAUGACGGGAAUAACAGACUCAAUAGGCGAGUUUCGAGAAAUUGUAUUUGCGCGUUCGAAAACUCCAGAGCAGUGUGUAUUUUUGUAUAUGAUACGUCGAAACGACAACGCACGAAAUUUCUCGCAAGGUAAGGCGAAAACGGGCACAUAAAAUCCGAGCUGAGAUCGUUUCCUCUUUCUCCUCUGUAUAGUAGACGAGAAAAAUCACACGUUUAUAUUGGGCGCGUCGCUGUGUAGACUUCCGUUGUAGGAAUUUCCGCCCCCAAUUUGUGCCAACGAUAUACGUUUCUUUUUUUUUUCUCUCUUUCUCUCUCUCUCUCUCUCUCUCUCUCUCUCUCUCUCUCAAAUACACUCGCUAUUUGACAUAGCGAGAGACACGACGGUUCUACGUAUACACAAUAAGCGCUCAAGUUGAGAACCGUAAUACAAAAGCUGCCAUUAUUAUACAUAAAACAGAGCUCGCGAAAAGGGCGCCACAGACGUAAGUUUUAACUGUACCAUAAAACCACAUAAGUAUAACGCUCACCAAGGUGAGGCACUUACACUUCGAGUAUUCGCACGAAAUAAUGUUUAGAGCUACAAUGACAUAUUCUUAUUAUUAUUACUAUUAUCAUUCUUAUUAUUAUUAUUAUCGCCAUCAGCAUUAUAAUAUAACUUUUAUUCAUUAUUAUCGUUAUUUCAACUGAGAUUUAUCGUUGUUACAUAUAGAAUUCAGAGAUCGUUUAAUGCUUAGUUUGAGCGCUUGAUUUUGAUUUCCUCGAACUCUCUUCAAUUUCGUUUUAAGGCCAAAGUAAAUGAAUUAAAAGAAAAGUUGGAAAAAAAACAUUUAUAUUUUUCACGAGAUAUUUUAAACGAAACAUUUGUAAUGAAAAGAAUAAAGUAAAACAUAAAAAAUGGCACAAGCAAACGAAAAGAUGCGUGUAUUUCAUUGAACAAUGAAAGACAUGGAUGCCUGUGUGGUUUUUACGCAAAAGAAAACCCGAGAACAAAAAAAAAGUAAUUUUAUCAGUCUUGAAA